AUGGCAGGCAAGUUAGAGGACAUCGCCGCCGCCGCUCAUCACAUAGGCUUCUUCACGAAUACUGCGAUAUCCGUGCACUAUAAAUCGUCUCACCCAGUGACCAAUGUCGAAGAGCUCAUAUAUACUGCCGUCGCAGAUGUGGUCCGUUCACAUCCCAUACUAUUCGCCAUUCCAGUCGGUGCGGGCGGCGCAGAGCCUUACUGGGGCCGUCUGCCAUCGAUUGACAUCAAGAAAGCCGUGACUUUCGUUGAACGAAGCACGCCCUCGACAAUCGACGGCAUUGGGAGAGACAAAGAGCUUGAUUCAUUGCUUGAGAGUCAGCAUAACACUAGUUUCAAGGAUGGUUACGGUACUCUGCCAGUAUGGCGAUUGGUUAUUCUGCGAGAACCAGGAGUCCAGCUUGAAUUUACGGCUUGUCUAAUCGCUCAUCAUUCUAUGAGCGAUGGUAUUGGUCUUCAAGUCUUCCAAAACUCAUUCCAGAGUGCCCUGUCGAAUACUUCAGGGUCAACCCCAUUACAGGUAGAGGCUAGCAGCGUCAUCUUCUCGAAUUCCGAUGACCCCAUUGCUCCAUCCCUUGAAGAGGCUCAUCCACUGCCCAUCCCAACUGAAGCUCCGGAGGCUAAUGCCACGGGAGUCAAGGAAUGGACGGGCAACCCUGUGCAAGUGCCCUGCAAGACAAGGUAUAUGUCACUGUCUUUAGAAUCAGAUGUCGUACAGCGCUUCGCACAGGAAUGCAAGAAGCACAAGACAACGCCAACAACUGCCCUCCCAUCUCUAAUCGCUAGAUUACUGUUCAACAACCUUCCGCCAACUGUCGAAGCUUUGCUUUGCAACCUCCCUGUCAGCUUACGCAUGGAUCUGCCAAGUGGUCUUGUCGAUGGUGUGAUGGGAAAUUUCAUCGAUGCCUUCAAGGUUAAAUUACUUCGCUCCGACCUCGACAACACCCAAAAGUCAAGUGACCAGCUUAUCGGCUCUUUGGACAUUUGGACUCACGCCCGGAAAAUCCAACAAGCUACGAGAAGGUAUUUUGCGAAUACUUCACCUUCUGGUCAGUUGUUCACCAACAUAGCCUUAUUCAAACUCAUUCCGGACCUCAGCGCCGUCUUGACCGCUAUGAUUGGUGGGACUCGGAGCGAAUCUUUUGAAGUAUCUAACCUUGGCACUUUUUCACAGCCAAAGAAUCUCCAGACUGGAUCCGUUCCGAUCUGGAAGGCAGGGAAAGUACUUCUCAGUCGAUGUGCAUAUGCUGCUGGAGGGCCAUUGGUGGUCUGUGUGCUGGCCAGCGACGAGAAUUGGGGAUUUGGAUUUACGUGGCAGGAGGGUGCUAUCCCUGAUGAUGUGGUCGAGAAUAUAAUUGAUAGCGUAAGGACGUAUUUAGAUUCUCAUCAGGCGGCCAUGACGUAA